AUGUUCGCCCAGAUGGGAACCUUCGCCAGUGUGACGUUGCUGCUGUGCAUCUGUUCUGCACGGAUGCUGCAGGCAACGCCGAUCGAUGAUGGGAUGAGGAAUUCCCGAGAGGCCAAAAGUUACUUCCCGUUCGCACUACCAGUUCCCGACCAUGUGCACUACUACCCGGAGCAUCAUCACCAUCAUCAUUUUGACGCACACUCGGUUUUCCCUAGUCACCAUGACACCCAUUUCCACCUGGAUACUGGACUAGAUCACCAUCACCAUCAUCACCACCACGAUUUCCACGACGUACAUUACGAUCAGCACUACUACUGA